AUGCAGAUGUUGGUAGCUCAGGGUAACGAGAACAUCGAACAUCAGAGGACCUUGCCCACCGUCGAUGCGCGUAGCUACGGUGUGCGAACACGUUCGUCAGAAUCCAUCAUAGUGUCGCUCAAAGCGCGCAAGCUCGUGUUCGCGGUGCUGGCCGCGCACUAUAGCUCAGGAACUGCAGAAGACGCUCGCUGGACCAACUGGAGGCUGGGGCCACGAGGAGCAGCAACAGCAACCAAUCCAGUCACUGCUGCCGCUGCUGCUCUUCCUCUUGUACAGCUACUGCAGCAAACUCUCAGUGCAGAGCCUGCUGUCCUGAGAGUUGCACAAGAAGCCCUUGAUGCUAAAGCAGCCGCUGAAGACUUCCCUAAAGAGUUGUUAUUGCUGCUUGUCAACCCCGAUACUCCUCCUGCCGCCAAACAGGCAGGAGCAAUAUAUUUCAAGAACUUCGUACGUCGGCAUUGGGAUGUGGAGCCAGAUCAAGGUGGUAUUAGCGUAGCAAAUCGUACGUUAAUAAAACAGCAUUUACUGUCUUUACUGCUAGCACCUGCAGCAGCGAAAAUAGUCCAGCUUCAGCUUGCAGAUGCAUGCACACGCAUUGCAACGACGGAUAUGCCAUUAGACUGGCCAUCGCUUCUGCCAGAGUUGAUGCAGCAACACCUUAUUCCGGGGCUCGCAGCUCAGCAGCAGCUUCUGCAUCAACACCUUCAGCAACAGGUGGCUGUAUUAGGGAUGUUGCACGCUGUUUUGAAGAAAUAUCGAACGGCUUUUCGUUCUAACGAAGUAUUACUGGAGCUGCGAGAAAUUCUGCCAGCAGUGCAACAGCCCCUGUUACAGGCGUUCACGCUUGCCUUGCAGCUGCUACAGGUGCUGCAGUCCACUUUCGACGGCGUCCGUACGGCAGCAACCUCAACUGAUGGGACAACCACGAAUACUACUGCUGCAGCAGCAACAAGAAAACUGGUUUGUGAAGUGCUGCUCUUAUGCUGCAAAACAUUCUUCUCUUUGAAUACCGUAGACAUACCAGAGUUCUUCGAAGACCACAUGCAAGAGUUCUUUGGAGGGUUUAUACGACUACUGCAAGUUGAUCUGCUUCCUCGCAGUGUCCAGCAACACUCUCCUACUCCUCCUCCUCAACACCAGCAGCAUGACGAUGAUGAAGAGGACGAUGUUGCAGGUGUGGAGGAUAAACUGCGGACACAAAUAUGCCUCGACAUGAAACUUUACGCAGACAAAUAUCAAGAAGAAUUCCAACCUCUAGUUAUGGCAUGCGUACAAGCCGAAGAAAGGUAUGGACAGAUGAUGACAUGCAUCGAUCGAAGACGCAAGUACGAUUUCACGACAGCAGCGGCAAUGGAGUUUCUUAGCAGCGCAGCAUCUACAGCAUGGCAGUUAAAUCUUGAAGCAGGAGGAGGAGCAGCUUCUGCAGGGAGUGUAGCAGCAGCAACAGGAGACCCUUUUUCGAGUGUGCAGCUACUGAAAGAAAUAUGUGAGAAGACGAUACUUCCAAAUGUCCAGCUGCGGGAUUGUGACGUAGAGCAAAUGGAAGACACACCACUUGAAUUUGCACGAAGGGACCUGGAGGGAGGAGAGCAGCACACAAGGCGCAGCGCUGCUCUCGACUUGAUAAAGAGCCUGAUGAAAUUUCAUGAAGAGUUGAUUACUGCAUUGCUCCUCCAAGCAGUGCAGGCUCUGUCCUCCCAGGCAGCAGCUAAAGCGGCCGCUGCUAGCAGAGAAGGAGGAGGAGGAGCUGCUGCAGAAGCAGAAAGACUACUGGAUGCAUGUACAUUCCUCGUACUGGCGGUUGGGAUCAAGGGCAGCACUCGAGUACGAGGUGUACAUGCAGUUAACAGAAAUGUUGAUACCCAGCAAUUCUUCCAGUCUCUUUUGCUGAAGGAAUUGCAAAGUCCUGACGUAAACAAAAGAUUCAUCAUACGCGUUGGCGCUAUGAAAGUUGUCGCAGCAUUCAGAAAUGUAUUCGAUGCUCAACUUCUGCAAGGUGUGCUGCCUUUGCUCGUGAUGCAUCUCUCUGCAAAACGCGUAGUCGUCCAUACGUUCGCUGCAUAUACAAUCGAGCGACUGCUGAGCGCCGCACAAAACGGGCAGCCACGUAUUGAUAAGGCUGCUGCCUCAGCUGGACUCAAGCAGGCACUGGCGGUGCUGCUGCAGCAGUUGCAGAACAGCAGCUCUGCGAACACAGCGCCUGGUGCUGGUGAAGGCAGCAGCAGCAUUGGGCGGGGGGGCGCCGAGAAUGAAUUUCUGGUGAAAUGUACGUUGCGCAUAUUCUCUUUCUUGAAAGAAGAUGCUGCCGAUGCAAUCCUACCAGCGCUGCGAGUAAUUCUUGACAGCAUCAAGAGAGUUUCCAACAACCCCUCGAAUCCGUCUUUCUCUCAUUAUCUUUUCGAGUGCCUUGCUACCCUCGUGAAACUUUCGUGCAGUAACAACAGCACACGUGCAGCAGUAGAGCGCGAGGUCAUACCAGUACUAAGCGUUCUUGUGCAACAGACGGUACAUGAAUUUGUCCCGUAUUGCUUUCAG